CUCACCCAAACUCAAAACAUUCACUUCUCCAACUCUAAAACCAUGUCUCAAACAACAUCCGUCCCCGAAAUCCUCUCCUCAUUUACCGAAAAAUGGUCCCCACGUCUCAUCGCAUCAGUCAACGACCAUCACGUCAAAGUCGCUAAGAUCGACGGCUCAUUUAUCUGGCACGCCCAUCCCGACUCUGAAGAGCUCUUCUAUCUACUCUCCGGAAAAUUGACUAUGGAGAUCCAAGACGAAGAGCCUGUUGUUAUGAAGGAGGGGGAUAUGUAUGUUGUGCCAAAGGGAGUCACGCAUAAGCCUGUGGCGGAGAAUGCUGUUAUAAUGAUGGUGGAAAGGGAGGGAACUGUGAAUACGGGAGAUCAGACGGACUCUGAGAGGACGAAGCAGGUCAAGGAUGUGAGGGGGGAUAUAUAGACACUGAGUUUUGGGACUGUCCAAGAAGCCAUACAGGCCAAGAGGCUAAUACAGAUUUGAUUAUGUAUAUGACAAAAAA